AUGUCGGAUUCUCUAAUAAAUUCUAGGCAGCUUGCUUUUAAAAAUGCUGGAAAAAGCGCUGAUGAAAUGCGCCGUAGGAGACAGGAAGGCCAAGUGGAAUUGCGGAAGACAAAACGCGACGAAUGCCUCCAAAAGAAGAGGAAUAUUCCUGCUGAGGUCUCUGCGGAAGCUGAAGUAGAAGUUGCCGAUAAGCCACCGCUUUUGAACUUACCCGACAUUGUUGAGCACGCCAAUAGCGAUGAUCCUGCUGUUCGGCUUCUCGUUGUGCAGUCAGCUCGGAAACUUUUGUCUAGCGACAGGCACCCUCCAAUUGAUGAACUAAUCAGUUGUAACGUUCUGCCAAUGCUUGUCAGCUGUCUCGAUUCCGAAAACCCUACUUUACAAUUUGAAGCCGCUUGGGCCCUUACAAAUAUUGCCUCUGGUAACUCAAAACAGACAGCUGCUGUUGUUCAGGCUGGUGCUGUACCACAUUUUCUGAAAUUAUUGUCCUCACCUCAUAUGAAUGUCUCCGAACAAGCCGUCUGGGCGCUGGGGAAUAUUAUUGGUGAUGGUCCGCAACUUCGAGAUAUGGUUAUCAAACAAGGUCUCAUCAAGCCGCUUCUCAAUCUGUUGACUCCAAGUAUAUCUAUAACGUUUUUGAGAAAUAUUACUUGGGUGAUGGUUAAUCUUUGCCGAAGCAAAGACCCACAUCCACCAUUUGAAACGGUUAAUGAGUUGUUGCCCGCUUUGUUGUAUUUAAUCACAAAUACAUCAGACAGUCAAAUCCUUGUCGACACAGUGUGGGCUAUUUCCUAUUUGACAGAUGGUGGGAAUAAUCUCAUCAGUAUGGUCAUUAACGCAGAAAUUGUGCCUCAUCUUGUUCCACUUCUUUCUCAUCCCAAUUUCAAAGUUCAGACAGCGGCUCUGCGUGCAGUCGGAAAUAUUGUGACGGGUACUGAUCAGCAGACUCAGGUUGUCCUAGACUGUGGCGCACUGAGUCAUUUUCCUCAGUUGUUAAAUCAUCCAAAGGAUAAAAUUAACAAGGAAGCCGUAUGGUUCCUUUCAAAUAUCACUGCCGGCGAUAAAAGCCAAGUUCAAGCUGUUAUUGAUCACAAUCUUAUACCACUUAUCAUUGGUCAUCUUGAUAAAAGUGAAUUCCAAACCCAAAAGGAGGCUGCUUGGGCAAUUUCGAAUCUGACAAUUAAUGGCAACGAGGAACAAGUUCGUUACCUUGUUUCUCAGGACGUGAUUCCUCCUCUUUGUAAACUGUUGAGCUCUCGUGAUUCGCAGGUUGUUCAGGUCGUGCUUGAUGGAAUUUCCAAUAUUAUCAAAAUGUGUGGAAAUAUGUUGGAACAGGUCAUGACUUCCAUUGAAUCUUGUGGUGGUCUUGCACUUAUUGAGUCACUUCAGCAAAAUGCGAAUUCAUCCAUUUUCAACGCUGCCUACAAAAUCCUCGAAAUGCUCUAUGGAUCUGAAUAUGAUUCUGUGGCAGUGAAUGUGGCGCUUCAAGAUAUUGGUGAAGAUGGAAUUGAUGCUCAAAAUGAACAAAAGGAGGAAACGUUCACAUUUAAGGCUAAUCCAGAUAACAUGGCUUUCGACUUCUAA